UAAUUUGCCUCCAUAAUUCCCGUGUUCCAUUUGGCUAGAGUUAAAUCCUACAUCUGCUAUGAAUACCAAGUCAAAAUAGUUAAGGAAAGUUUCUUUGCUCCAGUGUGGGGGAAAAAAUGCAGCCUUUACUGCUGCUUCAUGUGUGCCUGGUAUGCCUAGGUCUCUCUGGGGCGAGUACUGGUUGGAAUUUUCUCAUGAUGUUUCCACCUCAUAAUGACCCCACAGCAAAUGCUAGCCACCAAGUAACCAUAACGGCUACUGGCGUUUGGACUUCAGUCGCUGUGAAAGUUCUGCAAAGUGACUUCAUGCAUAACAUCUCUCUCACUGCCACUCAGUCGCAGACUAUUCACUUGCCGUCGUCUGUGGAAAUGGCUAGUGCUCGUUCCUCCUCCCUCCUCAGUAUAGUGUCGGUACAGCCUGUUACAGUUCUUGCGACAUUAUGCACCCAGACUGGAUGUGAGCAUAACCUCCUUCAUGAUGUGUCUUCCUGGGGGACCCACUACUAUCCAGCUACCCCAAACUUCCCAAGUCAGACAUCUGUCAGCGAGAUGGUGAUCACCAACUCCAAUCGAGAGACAUCGAUAGAAAUUUUCCUCUCAGGGGAUGUGAUCUUUAAUGGAACUUUAUACCCCGAGGGAAGUGUCCUUAAAUUGCGUUUAGGGUUGUUUGAAAGCAUCUACCUCCAAAGUAAUUUCAGCCUUUCUGGUUCAGAGCUUUACGCCCAAGCAUCUGUGGGGGUUAUAGUUGGUUUUACCUGCGGAAACUACUUAUUAGGGGGUUGCCUGUAUGGAUUUGCUGAACUUAAACCAGUCUCUCUCUGGCGUUAUGAAUAUUUUGUCCCUCCGCUCGUAAAUGCUGGAACAAGUCCCAGUCUCCUGUUAGCUAUGACCAACAUCAAUUCUAACAUAGUUGUCACCACUAGUAAUGGACAGACCAGUGUGUCUUUAAGUGGAGGGCUAAUGAAGACCAUCCCAGUUGCGGCCUUGGAUCAAGUUCACGUCAUUAGUGACGUUCCACUUCAACUCAUUUAUUUCAGACAUGACAUUGAGCAGCGUGCUACAACUCUUACAGUGCUGCUCUCUGUAGAUGAGAUCUGUCAGACUGGGCAAAUGUUUGAUGCAGAAAAUAUUACUUCACAUCUAGCUAUCACUUCUCACACACAAAAUUUGACUGAGUCUGCUGUCAAGUUUCCCCACAAGCCCAACAAUGUGAGCUCCAGCUCUACUUAUGCAGAAGAUGUGGGACACUAUCUGAGCACCAUGAGCAAUGAGUCUCAUCUAUCAGUGUGUGAAAAAAAAAUAUCCUCCUGUGAUGUGCACUGUGGUCACAAACAGCAGUGCUCCUUCAGAAAUGAAACUCUAUGUUCCUUAAAACCUAAAAUAUGCUAUGCGUGGGGUGACUCUUAUUAUCGCACCUUUGACGGAAAAUAUUUUGUCCUCCUGGGAAAUUGUAAUUAUACCUUAGUUCAGACCACCUGUCCAGGCAUAAAUGCUUCCAUUCCACUACAGGUUAAUAUAGGCAGAGCAUAUUUGAAUGGUGCCACUGUCUCCAGCAUUCACAGUUUGGAGAUAAAAAUCCAAGGUUUCAAUAUAUCCAUGGUUAAAGGAGAGCAAAAUCAAAUUAGGGUUAAUGGACGUAGGGAGUACCUGCCGCUCAUCUUAGGUGACGGAAUCCUAAGAGUGUAUCCAAGUGGUCGUGGUGUUGUUCUGGAUACUUCCUUUGGCAUGACUCUGCAGUAUGACUGGAUUCAUACUAUUUGGGUUGAAGCAGGCCCGGAGCUGUAUGGACUUCUGUGUGGUCUUUGUGGAAAUGCCAAUGACAGCACCUCAGAUGACACCGUUUUCUCUAAUGGUACUAAUCUGUCCCAAACUAUAGAUUUCACUCUCCCCUGGGUCUUGGACAGCAAUACAGCUGUGUGUAUGGAAGACUGUGAAGGUGGCUCAUGUCAAGUGUGCAGUCCCAUGCAAUCUUAUCCUGGCAUAAAGGGCAACUCUUAUGAGAAUAAAUGCACUUUACUGAAGAGGAAGGAUGGACCUUUUAGUGACUGUCAUGUCUAUAUUGAUCCUCAACCCUUUGUUCAUAGUUGUGAGAACAAUCUGUGUCUCAGUGCAACGGCCAGUUCAGUGUGUAAGGUCUUUACAGCUUAUGCCAACAUCUGCCAGAGGCUUGGGGCCAGGAUCCAAAACUGGAGCGCAAUCGCAAAGUGCCAUCUGGCUUGUCCUAUUAAUAGCCAUUAUGAGGUGUGUGGGUCUUCCUGCCAGGCGACAUGCGGUAACCCAGAGCCCCGCCGUAACUGCUCCCUCCCUUGUGUGGAAUUAUGCCAGUGCAACAGGGGAUAUCUGCUAAGUGAUGGCAAGUGUGUUUUGCCCAGCAUGUGUGGUUGUGUUCAAAAUGGCUCCUAUUAUCUUCCCACAAAGACCUUUUGGAAGGAUGACCAGUGUCAAGAGAAAUGCAUCUGCCAGCCUCACUCUAAGACUGUUCUGUGCACUCAGUCUCGCUGCCAGGUUGGAGAAGUCUGCAAGGUUAUAAAUGGAGUCCUUGGCUGCCAUGCUGAUGGACCUGGCUUUUGUGUGGCCAAAGGAGAUCCUCACUACACCACAUUUGAUGGCCGGAAGUUUGAAGUUCAUGGAAACUGUAGUUAUCUACUCACAUCGCACUGUCCCACAUGGGGAGAGCUGCAAGACUUCAGUGUUGAGGUUCAGAACCAUGUCAAAAAGCCAGCCAAUGUUUCUUUUCGACAUGUUAAAAUGUCUGUUGCUGGUUAUUCCAUUCAGAUGUCAUACGAGUGGCCUAGCAAGGUUAUGGUAAACGGUCAGCUACUGAACCUUCCUUCUGUUUUGAGCCAAGGCAAAGUAAUGCUGUACCUGAAAGGACAGUCUAAGUGUAUAGAAACUGACUUUGGUGUUGUUGUGACAUACAGCCCAGACAUCUUGAUUGUCACAAUGCCCAAGGUCUUCGCAGGUAAUCUGUGUGGACUCUGUGGAAACUUUAACGAUGAGCCACAGGAUGACCUGGUGCCAGAUGACUUUGAUAUUACUCAAGCCAUCAGACACUGGAGAACCAGCUAUGAACAUGAAUGUUGGGAUGUGCCCAUGAGCACAUCAGGCUGCAGUCCACAAAAACAGGAUAUUUAUCAGGGAAACAAUUUCUGUGGAAGGUUAAUGGAUCCUGAGGGGCCAUUCCAGAGCUGCCACAAUACUGUGGAUCCACAAGAUUUCUAUGAUAACUGUGUUCAUGAUCUCUGCAAUGGGAACCAGACAAACAUGUGCCAGAUUCUGUCCAGCUAUGUUGCAGUAUGUCAAGAAAUGGGGGCUGGAGUGGAUGAAUGGAGAGCUUCCAGCUUCUGUUCUGUCACUUGCCCAUCCAACAGUAAAUACCACCUCUGUUCCAGUCACGUGUUUGCCUGUGCUCAAAACCAAAGUUCUCUUUCAGAGAGAUGCAAGGAGGGCUGUUUUUGCAAACCUGGGUUUUUCCACACUGCUGGGGAAUGUGUACUCAAUUCUGAAUGUGGCUGCAGUCAUAAUGGUAGUUACUACAAACUGCAUGAAAACUUCCACCCUGAUGAGAACUGCCUUCGCUCCUGUGUGUGUGUGAGACACAAUGUAGUGCAAUGUAGAGGGCACACAUGUCCAGCUGGAACAAAAUGUGUCAUCAAACACGGCCGCCGCGCAUGCCAUGCCACACACUUGAAAUGCACCAUCAUGGGUGGCAGACAUUUGCAGGCCUUCCACGGACAUCCCUUUGAAUUGAACAUGGGGAAUUUGCCUCACCUCAUAUUUCAGCUGUGUGACGAACCUGGGUUUUCUGCUGUUAUCCGCGAAGGCCAACUGUACCUAAGAAUCAAUGACAUGAACCUGAUACUGUCUAGGGAGUAUUUUGGAAAAGUUGAGAUUGAUGGUGUUAUGAAGGACCUUCCUAUUCAUAUGAAUGGCGUAGCAGUGCUGCUUUCUGGUUUACUGGCUCGUAUCAUCGCUGCAGAUGCUAGCACUGUGGUCACCUUUGGAGGACCUAACCUAAUACAAAUAACUAUUCCAGCCACAAACAAAAGAGUUUGUGGCUUGUGUGGAAAUUCAAUUACUGCUGCUACAGAUGAGCAAGGAAGUCUGUCUGAUUCCAUGCAACCAUCUUCCUGGUGCUUUUCUCCCACUGGAACAAACUGCUCUGUUGACUGUCAUGACUGUUUUUUGUGCAACUCCACAAAGGAAUUUGAAUCAGAUGACCUCUGUGGCAUGUUGCUUGCUCAUGAAGGCUCUUUUGGGAUUUGCCAUUCCACUGUGGACCCAGUGCCAUUUUUCCAGAACUGUGUGAAAGAUUUGUGUAGGUCAAAUAACACUGAAUUGUUUUGUGACAGUUUGAGUCAGUACACAUUUGCAUGCCAGGAUGCUGGAGCUGAGGUCAAACCAUGGAGGAGGAAUAAGUGUGCACUUUCAUGCCCUGGGCACUCCCGCUACAAUGCAUGUGUUGGUGCAUGUUCUAAGUCCUGCGCUAUUUUAUCUGAUGUACCCUGUCCAUGGCCCUGCUAUGAGGGAUGUCAGUGUGAUGCUGGAUACGUGCAGAGUACAUAUGGCUGUGUCAGACCUGAGCAAUGUGGAUGUUUCUACCUCGGGCACUACUAUAAGGUUGGGGAAAUUCUGUGGAAUGCGAACUGUUCUAAUCGCUGUAACUGCUGUUCCACUGCCACCCUGUGUUGUAAAACAGCCUCUUGCCCCAAGGGUCAGAACUGUGUAUUUAAUGAAACUUGGCACUGUGCAAAGGAAAAAACUUUGUUCUGCCCAGUAAAUAGCCAUUAUGAAUCCUGUGGGACAGCCUGCCCUUCGACGUGCGAGGGCCACGUCGCUUCACCCUGCACCCAAGGUUGUGUGGAAGGAUGUCAGUGUGACCCUGGGUUUCUUCUGGAUGGUGACACCUGUGUCACCCCAUCUGAGUGUGGCUGUACAUACAAUGGAGACCAUUACCAUGGCAAUGAGACCUUUUGGGCAGAGUCAUGUACUCGACAGUGUAUAUGUGACCCCUACACCUACCAGAUCCAUUGCCACGAGGCUUAUUGUGGUGAUGAUGAAUAUUGUGGUCUUCAGAAUGGAGUGAGAAGCUGUGUGCAGCAUAAUUAUAAGAUCUGCCGCUAUAGUGGUCAUAGUGUAUUCACCUUCGACAAGCGAGAGUAUAAUUUCCUUGGCACUUGCCGGUAUCGGUUACUGGGGAUCUGUGAACAGUGGCAAGUUCUUGAUGUCAUCGACGUUGAUGUGCAGACAGAUGCGCAUAAUCAGUCAGCACAAAAUGUCUUUGUCAGCAUAAAUGACCAACAUGUUAAACUGAAUAGCAAAAAUACAGAAAGCGUAGAGGUUGAUGGUGUCAAGAAGAACAUGCCAUUCUACGUCAACAGAACCGCAUUGGUGGUUUCAUUGGGGCUGCACACUUACAUCUACUCUGAUUUUGGCUUUUUAAGUGUUAGCAGAGAAGGGCUCAUAGUCAUUAGUCUCUCUAGUACAUAUGCUAAUACUACUUGCGGCCUGUGCGGUAACUUCAAUUCUGAUCCUACUGAUGACCUUUCAGUGAAUGGCACACAGGAGACUCUCACACCAGAACAAUUUGGGAAAGCUUGGAGAGCUGGACUGAACCACUCGUGUGUGGAAGGCUGUCUAGGUGGAAGCUGUCCGAAUUGUUCAUCUGAGGCUUUGGACCGGUUCUCUGACCCAGCGGCUUGCGGAAAGAUUCUGGAAGUUAAUGGACCAUUCAAACACUGUCAUAGCAAAGUGGACCCCUCCAGCUUUUACAAGAGCUGCGUCAGUGACCUGUGUCUUUAUGGAGAUGUGCUGCCUGCAGUGUGUCGUUCCCUGGCUGAGUAUGCUGAUGUCUGCCUUCAUCGCAAGGCUUUAGUUUAUGCCUGGAGGAGCCCUGGAUUUUGCUAUGAUUCAUGUCCCUCCAGUACCAGCUACACCAUGAGAAUUUCCCCUGUUGACAUUUGCCUUGGCUGGCUUAAUUUAACAAUUGAGCUCCCUCCAAACAUUGGGGAGAACUGUCUCUGUGAAGCAGGUUUAGUCCACAGUGGAGGGCGCUGUGUCCAUCCAUCCAACUGUGGCUGUUUGCACGGAUCUGCUUCUGCAGAAUACAUCUUACCAGGGCAGGUGGUGUCUACGUGUGAGCAAAGGUGUUCAUGUGAUCUUGGUGGAAACCUGACAUGUGUUGAUGUGUCAUGUAGUCAGGAUGAAGAGUGUACCCUUAUUAGGGGCAUUCAAGGGUGCCACCCCAAAGUUAAAAAGGCACACUGCUCCAUUAACGGAUCCCAGUUAACUACAUUUGAUGGACUGGCAUUUGAAUUUCAUGGUUCAUGCAACUACACUCUGGUUCACACAUGUGCUCUCAAGGACCUGAAUGUGGAGCCAGUUUUGAUCGCUUUGUAUGCUAACUACAGUGGAGGCAACCAGAUCUAUCUGGAAGUCAACAAUAUGACUUUUAAGAUGUCAACUGCUUAUCCUGAAAAAAUCCAGGUUAAUGAAGUAUACCAGAACCUCCCAUUCUCAGGGAACAAUGUAACUGUGCAUCAGAAAAAUGAAUUGAUGAUUAUAAAGACUGCACAUUUAGUAGAGAUUCUUUCUGACCUUAGUAACUACUUGGAGGUCAAGCUACCAAAUGCUUAUCACCAGUCAACAUGUGGUCUUUGUGGGAACUACAAUGAUGAUCCCUCUGAUGACAUGCAGCUACCCAACGGUACUGCUGUCUCUGAUCCAGACAUCUUUGGGCAGUCGUGGAAGUUGUCGGGUUCUGAAUCCUCCUGCAACGAAACGUGUGACGGCACCUGCCAACGUUUUCCGUCCCUUGUGCCAGAGUAUACCUCUGACCUGUACUGUGGCCUUGUCACCCAGCCAAAGGGGCCAUUCUCCUCUUGUCAUAAUUCAACAUGCCCUCAGAAAUAUUACACCCUGUGCCUGAAUAAUCUUAGUGAUGCAGAGAGCCAAAAGCAAGCUUUAUGUGGUGCAUUAGUGAUGUAUGAGGCAGCAUGCAAAAUGGCUGGUGUAAAUGUUGACUCCUGGAGGAACAUCACAGGCUGUGCUCAGAAAUGUCCUCAGUUCAGCCAUUUCAGCCAAUGUGCCAAUGUUUGCUCCUCGCUCUGUCCUGAGAUCAGCUUUGCUACGGAGUGUCCCAGAAACUGUGAGGAAGGAUGCCAGUGUGAUGCCAAUCACCUUUAUGAUGGGCAUGCAUGUGUUCCAGCAGAGCAGUGUGGCUGCAUGCAUGAAGGGAGGAGGCUUAAGGCCUCUGAAAGCAAACUUCUACAAAACUGUACUGUGAUCUGCACCUGUGGGCCUCCACUUAUCUGUGAGGAAAACAAGUGUCCGCCAUUGCACAGUUGUCUGGUUUUAGAUGGAAUGGCUGGCUGCCACAAAGAUGAGCCAGACCAAGAUUCCUGUGAGGGAAAAUGUGACAAAUCUGAGCGUUGCUACCUGAGCAACGGUGAAGCAGUUUGUGAGAGCAGUCCGGGUCGAUGCUGGACCUGGGGAAGCCAGCACUACCACACCUUCGAUGGAUUAAACUAUGACGUCAAGGGUACCUGUACCUAUCUGCUUUCAGGCAGCAAAGGUGCAGCGGGUGGAACGAUGCCUUUCUUGGUGUCCAAGAAGAGUGAUUGCAAAGAAGUGUCGUCCAUGCAGCUGGUGACUGUACAAACAUAUGGGUUUGUGAUCAAGUUGGUGGACAAGGACAGUGUACAAGUUAAUGGUCAAGUAAAUUGCAUUCCUGUUACUCUGCUUCGGGGUAAGAUUGAAGUUUCAAACAAGGAAGGCAAAACUCUACUGAAGACUGACUUUGGGCUGAAUGUACUGUUUGACUGGAAUACCACCCUUCUCAUAAAAUUGGACCCCAACUAUAAGGAUAUUGUCUAUGGGCUUUGUGGCAAUUUUAACGGUGAUCCUCAAGAUGACUCUGUAAUACAUUUACAAGGUUUCCCAACCGCCAAAACAAGUGUGGAGUUGGCACAGGCUUAUCGCAUUUUUGAUAGCGAUCAUAACUGUUGUACUGGUUGUAAAAAGAACAAAUUGAAUGACACUUCACUGCUGGAAGAUGUGCCCAAUGGAAUCAUUGCCAGUCAGAAAAUUCACUGUAAUGAUCUCAUUGACCCAACUGGUCCAUUUUCACAUUGUCACAGCUAUGUCAGCCCAGAUUCUUUUUAUCAGCAAUGUAUAGCUGACCUCAUGCAAGGAAGGUCAGAGGCUUCUCUUGAACAGGCUACAACAUCCUAUUCUGUUGUUUGUGAAGAGCUAAGUGAUGACUUUCCCCCUGAACGGACCAUUGUUGUGAGCUGCCCACCAAACAGCCACUACAAGACUUGUGGCUCAGCCUGUCCCCCGACCUGCGAAUUUAAAAGGAGAUCCUGUAAUAAGGCUUGUGUCCAAAGCUGCUUCUGUAACCCGGGUUUCAUCAGGAGUCCAGAGGGUUGCGUGCCACCUAAGCAAUGUGGUUGCACUGACUCCACAGGCAAAUACCACCUCCUUAAUGCUACUUUCUGGAUCCCGGAUGACUGUGGACAACUUUGCAUCUGUCAACCAGGAGAAACUAAGUGCAACUCAUCCCAGUGCCCUAAAGGAAUGUCCUGCAAGCGGCUUGCUAAAAAAAGGGUGUGUCAAGCUGACAAACCUCAGAACUGUACUAUUGUCACUGGGCUGCACUUUAAAUCCUUUGAUGGACAUCAUUAUGACUUUAGGGACAAUUGUGCUUAUAUAUUAGUUCAAACAAACGCCAAUCUAAAUGGAUUUGAACCAUUCAACAUCACCAUCUCUGGCGCAAGUUGUCACAAAAGGUUGUUUCAUAGCCUAGAUUUAACGCUCUCAAUCUACGGCCUAGAGAUAGCAGUUGGCAAAGAAGAUCCUGACAAAGUACUUGUUAAUGGAAUGCAUAAACCUUUGCCAUACUUGCACCAUACAGGCCAUUUCAAUGCCUAUCCCACAUCUUCAUCACUAGUUAUUCAUAUAGAUACAGGAUUGCAGUUGAUUGUCCAUAAAACUGCCACUGUGGUGGUUGUCCUCCCUAGCAGUUAUGCAUCAUCUGUUCACGGUCUCUGUGGGAAUGCCAACUCUGACCCUUACGAUGACCAGAUUAUGCCAGAUGAAGAGGAAGCUCAAAAUACACUAGAGUUUGCUCACAGCUGGAGGUUGGGAGGAGCCACGGCCUGUCGGUCCCACUGCGCUUCCACACCAAAGAAUUGCCCUGCAGCUGCACGGAAAGUUUUUGAGGGAAGUGAUUUUUGUGGGGUACUCAGAGAUGAACUCGGUCCUUUUGCAGAGUGUGCCUUAGUUUUGAGUUCAAAGCCGUACUUCCACAACUGUUUAGCAGACACCUGUUUUUAUGGAGGACAUUAUUUGGCACUUUGCAAUUCCGUUGCGGUCUAUGCAGCUGCCUGCCAAGCAGCUCUGUUACCCGUCAGGCACUGGAGGAGUGACACCUUUUGUGGUAUGAGGUGCCCCAAAAACAGUCACUAUGAACUGUGUGGCCCUCGAUGUCCUGUUACGUGUGCUGGACUUUCCUCUGCAACUAACUGCAGCGGCGGUUGUGAGGAGGGUUGCCAGUGUGAUGCCGGUUAUAUCCUCAGUAAUGAUCGUUGUGUACUGGAGGCAGACUGUGGUUGCUUAUAUGAGGAUCAAUACUAUCCUGCUGGUUACUUUUCUGACUCAAAAAGUUGUCACAUUUGUUACUGUCAUCAGAGGAAAGUGUCUUGCAGUCCAUCACCUUGUAAGCCCAUAGGGGGCCUCUCAAGUGUUGGCCUUUUUGAUCCAAUACCCCGGCAAUAUGGAGCAUGUGAAGUUUUUGCUGGGUUUGGCUACGUCACCUUUGACAAUUUGGUUAUACCGCACUAUGGCGCUUGCACCUAUUUAGUGUCCGAACGCUCUCCUAACGAAAUGCAUGGCCACCGGCUGCUGCUUAGCUUUGAGAAGCACAUCAAUGACUCUGUGUUUAUUGUGAGCAAGCUGGUGUUUAUUUUGGCUGCAGUGGAGGUAACCAUCAAUCCAGAAAUGCCAUGGGAAAUACAGGUAAAUGGUGAAGACUACAAGCUGCCUUACAGUAAUGAUAUACUUAAUGCUUAUGAAGAUGGUGGUAGGUUAAUCAUGAAGUCUGUGGCUGGGGUGAGUCUUGAGCUGUCCACGACAAAGUAUCUCAGGUUGAGCAUACCACGGGAUUACAACAGCACAGCUUCAGGCCUUUGUGGGAAUUUCAAUGGGGACAAAUCGGACGACCUGGAACUAAGAAGUGGUUAUCUUGCCAAAAGUAUUGCAGAUUUUUUGAAUAGCUGGUCUGUUGGUGCUCCUGGACAGAAUUGCAGUGAGACUUGUGGAGUGGGCUGUGGUCAGUGCACACCAUCUUUCAAGGCCAAAACAAUUUGUGACAUCCUCUUGACCACUAGUAUUGAAUUCAAUCACUGCUGGAACUGGGGUGUUAAACCCCAAGUAUACAGAGAUGUGUGCCUCAGAGCCACUUGUGGUGGGGCAGCCCUUAAUGAAGCUGCAUGUCUAGCGCUGGAAGCCUAUGCGGCAGCGUGCCAGGCCCAAGGACUAACUGUAGCUUCCUGGAGAGAAAAUGGCCCCUGCUCUUUCAAGUGUCCAGACCACAGCAGCCCAAGUCGGUGUGUUGAUUCCAAUUCCAACUCGUGUCCUGCUCUGCUCCAGCCUGGGUCGGCAGCAGCUGGCUGUUCGGGAGGAUGCCAGUGCCAGGAUGGAAAUGUGUUUGAUGGGGAUGAAUGUGUACCAGUCAGCCAGUGUGGGUGUGUGGUUCAUGGUAGAUAUAUCAAGCUGGAUGAGCAGCUGUACAAUGAGAAUUGCACAGAGCGAUGCUGGUGCCACCCCCUAGGUGGCGCUUUGUGUGAGAAGGCAGCCUGCGGCCCUGGCCAGUUGUGUUCUCUGAAGAACGGCUCCUGGAGCUGUGCUGGACGGGAAGUCUGUCAACUCAGAAGCAGCCGGUGGGUCUCUACUUUUAAUGGACAGCAGCUGAGCUUGGCGCCAAAAACUGCUUACAAGCUGAUGGGCCUUUGCAACGAGACCACUCCAAAUGGGUUCAGCCUGAUUUCUUACUACGGACCCUGCAAUGGGAGUGGCACCAGGCUUGUUACAGUGUUCCAAAUCCUCCUAGUGGGAUUCUCAAUUGUUAUCCAGGAUGGCAUUGUGAAGGUGAAUGGACACCUUGUGGCUCUGCCUUACACGUUGCCUUUAGGGGUUUCGCUGUCAUCUGGUGUGGCCUGGGACAAGUCUGAGGUGGUAGUGGUCCUGAAGAGAGAUGCUGGACUGGAAAUGGAGAUCGGCAUCACUAUGGUCACACUCAAGGCGGCUCCUUGGUACUCUGGAAAAUUGUGUGGCAUCUGUGGAAACCUUAAUGACCCCCACUCUCAUACAUUGGUCAGGUCAUGGGCGCUCUCAGAUUUUCAAGGCUGCCUCACUCUCGGACUUGGCCGGGUAAAUGUCAAUUUAUGAAUGAAUGUACAUUAAAAAUGAUAACUUAU